AGUUUUUAAAAUAUUUUAUUUUUUAUAAUUUUAAAAUAGAGACGAGGUCUCACUGUAUUGCCUAGGCUGGUCUUAAAUGCCUGAGCUCAAGCCAUCCUCCUGCCUCAGCCUCCCAAAGUGCUGGGAUUACAGGCAUGAGCCACUGUACCUGGCCUAAUGGUUAUCUUUGUAUCCUUUAUCAACACAGUGCCUUGAACAGAGUAAAUACUUAUUGAAAACUUGAGUGAAAUGUAAGUUCAUAUUUGGCCUCAUAGAAUACACCAGAAAUACAGCAAUCACUCACCUGAGGACAGUGGGAGGAUAGAAGGUAAGUAGAGGACUGGGUUAAGUAUUCGUUCAAGCAAAUACAUUAAUUACACGCCUCCCAUGUACUUGACACUGGGAACUCAGCAAUGAAGAAGGCCCAGACCAAAGUUCAGGCUUUUAGCUUCCUGUCCUAUAAAGGAUAAGAUUCUUAACUCUAGGCUGAGGUAGUAAAUUACGAGGGGACUUCAAAAUGGUACAGGGUGGUUGAGCAGGAUACGGCAAUGGUUAAAUUUGGUCGGAAAAUAGAAAUCAAAAGGAAAAUGUGGCUAUGGUUACCCCUAGCGGACCUCUUAAAUCUCCUUCCUGAGAACCUGCUUUUUUGGGAAGGCAUGAGUGCCAGUAAGACUUGGCACUCCUCCUCUUCCGCUUACCGAGAGAAAAUGACUUUGCCUUUCUGCUCAAAACUCAUCCCUUCACUUUGUCACCCUAUGUUUGCAUCUUCCAUCCUUAGUGUGUGUUUCCAUCCAGUCUUUCAGCAAUACACGUACUACACAUUGGACUCUUGGGUAGUCUCUAGGGCUGUAGCAAGGAGCCUUGCUCCCAAGGGACUCAUUUACACAAUCCUGUGAAUGGACCAAGAGUAAACAGUGUGCUCAAUGCUGUGCCUAUGUGUGUUAGCCCACGCGGCCAGCCUGAGGAGUCAGGGAAGGCUCCCCUAGGCAAAGACCCCAACCAGAAUCAAGUCUUAAUGGUUAAAGAGCUCCAUCACCCAAAAAGGAUUGAGGGCCUACCUUCAACUGAACAGCUAAUGCAUAAUCUCAGAAACUGUGAGUCAAAAUUCCCUGGAAUAACUCCACUUUAUCCCCAAUCUCCUUGCCACCUAGACCAAGGUCCAUUCACCACCCUGUCCCCAGCACUGACUGCACUGCUGUGGCCACACUAAAGCUUGGCUCAAGACGGAGGAGGAGUGAGGAAGCUGCUGUACCAAUAUGGCUGGUUGAGGCCGCCCAAGGUCCUAGAAGGAGGAAGUGGGUAAAUGCCAUAUCCAAAAAGAUACAGCAGCCUCAGGUUUUAUCGGGGGCAGCAGCUUGCUUCUCCUUCCCCGACCUGUGGCCAAGUCACAAAGCACCACAGCUGUACAGCCAGAUGGGGGAAGGGAGGAGAUUAGAACUGUAGGCUAGAGUAGACAAGUAUGGACCAGUUCACAAUCACGCUAUCCCAAGCAGAAAGUGAUGGUGGCUUGGACUAGCACGGUGGUAGUAGAGAUGGGGUAAAGAUUCAAGAGACAUCAUUGAUAGGCAGAACCAAUAGGACAUGGUAAUAAACUAUUCUCAGGAAAGGGAAGGAGUCAUGGCUUUCAGCCAUGAACAUCCACCCUCGGGGUGGCCUCACCCACUUCCUGGCAAUUCUAGCCACCAUGAGUCCAGAGGCUAUAGCCCUUUGCUCUGCCCGUUGCUCAGCAAGUUACUUGGGGUUCCAGUUUGAUAAAAAAAGACUUCCUGUGGAGGAAUCUGAAGGGAAGGAGGAGGAGCUGGCCCAUUCCUGCCUGGGAGGUUGUGGAAGAAGGAAGAUGGCCAGAGCUUUGUGUCCACUGCAAGCCCUCUGGCUUCUGGAGUGGGUGCUGCUGCUCUUGGGACCUUGUGCUGCCCCUCCAGCCUGGGCCUUGAACCUGGACCCAGUGCAGCUCACCUUCUAUGCAGGCCCCAAUGGCAGCCACUUUGGAUUUUCACUGGACUUCCACAAGGACAGCCAUGGGAGAGUGGCCAUCGUGGUGGGCGCCCCGCGGACCCUGGGCCCCAGCCAGGAGGAGACGGGCGGCGUGUUCCUGUGCCCCUGGAGGGCCGAGGGCGGCCAGUGCCCCUCGCUGCUCUUGGACCUCCGUGAUGAGACCCGAAAUGUAGGCUCCCAAACUUUACAAACCUUCAAGGCCCGCCAAGGACUGGGGGCGUCGGUCGUCAGCUGGAGCGACGUCAUUGUGGCCUGCGCCCCCUGGCAGCACUGGAACGUCCUAGAAAAGACUGAGGAGGCUGAGAAGACGCCCGUAGGUAGCUGCUUUUUGGCUCAGCCAGAGAGCGGCCGCCGCGCCGAGUACUCCCCCUGUCGCGGGAACACCCUGAGCCGCAUUUACGUGGAAAAUGAUUUUAGCUGGGACAAGCGUUACUGUGAAGCGGGCUUCAGCUCCGUGGUCACUCAGGCCGGAGAGCUGGUGCUUGGGGCUCCUGGCGGCUAUUAUUUCUUGGGUCUCCUGGCCCAGGCUCCAAUUGCGGAUAUUUUCUCGAGUUACCGCCCAGGCAUCCUUUUGUGGCACGUGUCCUCCCAGAGCCUCUCCUUUGACUCCAGCAACCCAGAGUACUUCGACGGCUACUGGGGGUACUCGGUGGCCGUGGGCGAGUUCGACGGGGAUCUCAACACUACAGAGUACGUCGUCGGUGCCCCCACUUGGAGCUGGACCCUGGGAGCGGUGGAAAUUUUGGACUCCUACUACCAGAGGCUGCAUCGGCUGCGCGGAGAGCAGAUGGCGUCGUAUUUUGGGCAUUCGGUGGCUGUCACUGACGUCAACGGGGAUGGGAGGCAUGAUCUGCUGGUGGGCGCUCCACUGUAUAUGGAGAGCCGGGCAGACCGAAAACUGGCCGAAGUGGGGCGUGUGUAUUUGUUCCUGCAGCCGCGAGGCCCCCACGCGCUGGGUGCCCCCAGCCUCCUGCUGACUGGCACACAGCUCUAUGGGCGAUUCGGCUCUGCCAUCGCACCCCUGGGCGACCUCGACCGGGAUGGCUACAAUGACGUUGCAGUGGCUGCCCCCUACGGGGGUCCCAGUGGCCGGGGCCAAGUGCUGGUGUUCCUGGGUCAGAGUGAGGGGCUGAGCUCACGUCCCUCCCAGGUCCUGGACAGCCCCUUCCCCACAGGCUCUGCCUUUGGCUUCUCCCUUCGAGGUGCCGUAGACAUCGAUGACAACGGAUACCCAGACCUGAUCGUGGGAGCUUACGGGGCCAACCAGGUGGCUGUGUACAGAGCUCAGCCAGUGGUGAAGGCCUCUGUCCAGCUACUGGUGCAAGAUUCACUGAAUCCUGCUGUGAAGAGCUGUGUCCUACCCCAGACCAAGACACCCGUGAGCUGCUUCAACAUCCAGAUGUGUGUUGGAGCCACUGGGCACAACAUUCCUCAGAAGCUAUCCCUAAAUGCCGAGCUGCAGCUGGACCGGCAGAAGCCCCGCCAGGGCCGGCGGGUGCUGCUGCUGGGCUCUCAACAGGCAGGCACUACCCUGAACCUGGAUCUGGGUGGAAAGCACAGCCCCAUCUGCCAUACCACCAUGGCCUUCCUUCGAGAUGAGGCAGACUUCCGGGACAAGCUGAGCCCCAUUGUGCUCAGCCUCAAUGUGUCCCUACCGCCCACGGAGGCUGGACUGGCCCCUGCUGUCGUGCUGCAUGGAGACACCCAUGUGCAGGAGCAGACACGAAUCGUCCUGGACUGUGGGGAAGAUGACGUAUGUGUGCCCCAGCUUCAGCUCACUGCCAGCGUGACGGGCUCCCCGCUCCUAGUUGGGGCAGAUAAUGUCCUGGAGCUGCAGAUGGACGCAGCCAACGAGGGCGAGGGGGCCUAUGAAGCAGAGCUGGCCGUGCACCUGCCCCAGGGUGCCCACUACAUGCAAGCCCUAAGCAACGUCGAGGGCUUUGAGAGACUCAUCUGUAAUCAGAAGAAGGAGAAUGAGACCAGGGUGGUGCUGUGUGAGCUGGGCAACCCCAUGAAAAAGAACGCCCAGACAGGAAUCGCGAUGUUGGUGAGCGUGGGGAAUCUGGAAGAGGCUGGGGAGUCUGUGUCCUUCCAGCUGCAGAUACGGAGCAAGAACAGCCAGAAUCCAAACAGCAAGAUUGUGCUGCUGGACGUGCCGGUCCGGGCAGAGGCCCAAGUGGAGCUGCGAGGGAACUCCUUUCCAGCCUCCCUGGUGGUGGCGGCAGAAGAAGGUGAGAGGGAGCAGAACAGCUUGGACAGCUGGGGACCCAAAGUGGAGCACACCUAUGAGCUCCACAACAAUGGCCCUGGGACUGUGAAUGGCCUUCACCUCAGCAUCCACCUCCCGGGACAGUCCCAGCCCUCCGACCUGCUCUACAUCCUGGAUAUACAGCCCCAGGGGGGCCUUCAGUGCUUCCCACAGCCUCCUGUCAACCCUCUCAAGGUGGACUGGGGGCUGCCCACCCCCAGCCCCUCCCCCAUUCACCCGGCCCAUCACAAGCGGGAUCGCAGACAGAUCUUCCUGCCAGAGCCCGAGCAGCCCUCGAGGCUUCAGGAUCCAGUUCUCGUAAGCUGCGACUCGGCGCCCUGUACUGUGGUGCAGUGUGACCUGCAGGAGAUGGCGCGCGGGCAGCGGGCCAUGGUCACGGUGCUGGCCUUCCUGUGGCUGCCCAGCCUCUACCAGAGGCCUCUGGAUCAGUUUGUGCUGCAGUCGCACGCAUGGUUCAACGUGUCCUCCCUCCCCUAUGCGGUGCCCCCGCUCAGCCUGCCCCGAGGGGAAGCUCAGGUGCGGACACAGCUGCUCCGGGCCUUGGAGGAGAGGGCCAUUCCAAUCUGGUGGGUGCUGGUGGGUGUGCUGGGUGGCCUGCUGCUGCUCACCAUCCUGGUCCUGGCCAUGUGGAAGGUCGGCUUCUUCAAGCGGAACCGGCCACCCCUGGAAGAUGAUGAUGAAGAGGGGGAGUGAUGAUGCAGCCUACACUAUUCUAGCAGGAGGGUUGGGCGUGCUACCUGCACCGCCCCUUCUCCAACGAGUUGCCUCCAAGCUUUGGGUUGGAGCUGUUCCAUUGGGUCCUCUUGGUGUCGUUUCCCUCCCAACAGAGCUGGGCUACCCCCUCUCCUGCUGCCUAAUAAAGAGACUGAGCCCUGAUGCUGAGCAUGCUGCCUCCUUCUGGGGCCAGAGAAGAGAUGACCGAAGGAAUGUUUUGGAUGGGGACCUAGGGCUGGUGGAAGUGUGAACGAGAGAGUCACUGCCAGGGCGAAGUUUGCAAAUCACUGUCUUUGGGGAGUGUCAGGGAGUACAGAGUUGGGGUGGUAGGUGUAACAGAAGAGGGAGAGCCCGGCGGGGUGGCUCACGCCUAUAAUCCUAGCACUUUGGGAGGCCGAGGUGAGCAGAUCACCUGAGGUUGGGAGUUUGAGACCAGCCUUACCAACAUGGAGAAACCCUGUCUCUACUAAAAAUACGAAAUUAGCUGGACCUGGUGGUGCAUGCUUCUAAUCCCAGCUACUCGGGAGGCUGAGGCAGGAGAAUUGCUUGAACCCGGGAGGCAGAGGUUGCAGUGAGCUGAGAUUGCAUCAUUGCACUCCAGCCUGGGCAACAAGAGUGAAACUCUGUCUCAAAAAAAAAAAAGAAAAAAGGGAGAAAGGGCAGCAGGGCCUCAGGGAAGACUGGAAGGGGAUGAACAUGUCUAAGGGCAGGAUGGGAUGGGAGGGCAGGUGAGGGGGUGGGAGCAUCAGAGAAGGCAGGCUGUGUCCUUGAUGGGCAGCUUUAUUUAUUUAAUGUAUUUAUUUUUGAGACAGAAUCUCACUCUUGCCCAGGCUGUGCAAUGGCAUGAUCUCGGCUCACUGCAACCUCCGCCUCAUGGGUUCAAGCAAUUCUACUGCCUCUGCCUCCUGAGUAGCUGGGACUACAGGAGUGCACCACCACGCCUGGUUAAUUUUCGUAUUUUUAGUAGAGAAGGGAUUUCACCAUGUUGGCCAGGCUGGUCUUGAACUCAUGGCCUCAGGUGAUCCGUCCACCUCAACCUCCCAAAGUGCUGGGAUUACAGCCGUGAGCCACCUCACCCAGCUACGGCAGCUUUAAAUAGCACAUUUGUUAUGAUUUUGGAAGGGUAAACUUCACAAUGACCUGAGGCGUGGAAAAAUAACACGCUCUCCCUGCCUUCCUAUCAAAAAAGGACUUUAAAGCUGUUUGGAGUGAGAAGGGGCAGAGGAAGUCUGGCUCAGCUGUUGCCUGAGGAAGGCAGCGUCAUUCCAGGGAGGAGACAGCAAGCAUCGCUCCCUGGCUACCCUGCUGCCGUCCCUUUCUCCCCACCAAGAAGGGCCUUCAGCCAGGAAAGAGGAUGAGGAUGGAAGACAGCUCUCCAGCUUUGACCCAGGUACUCAGGAGGCUGAGGCAGGAGGAUUGCUUGAGCCCAGGAGGUCAAGACUGCAGAGAGCCUUGAUCUCACCACUACACUCCAGCCUGGGUGACAGACUGAGGCCCUGGCUAAAAACAAAUGUUUUUAAUUAAAAAUAAAAAUAAAUAAUCACGGAG